AUUCACCAUAUAAAUGCCCGUAAUGACAUCUCACUUAGUAAGUCGAUCCCACUUAUUUUAUAAGGAUUAAACAUAAAUCUUCUCUAUUAAUUGACGCGUAAACCUGUGACGAAGGAAGUUAGUCAGUAAAAUGACCAUCAAGAUUCUGGUUCUACUUGUCUGCGUAUUCCGCGUGUUGGGAAGUAGCUGGCUGACGGUUGACCAUGAUCAGUGUUCCUCCAACUAUGAUGAAUUUAAAACUCUAAUCGACAAAAACGGACUCCAACUCAUAAGAUUUAAUUCAAAAGUCGCUGAAUUAAAAAAUGAAACAGCGUCUAAAAUCAACACCGAGGACGUAGCGAUGGUUCAAGCCGAGGCAAAAAGACUGGAGGAAACUCAGAAUAAAGCAAAUGAUUCCCUUCAUAGUAAGCGGGAAAGGACAGCUGAUCAGAAAGAACGGUUCCGGAAACUGUACCACGAGAUGGAGUUGAUCACCGGAAAUAUCAGUAGGUUAGAGAGAGUAAUGGCUGCCAGAUCUGUAGCACAAAGCCAACGUCAACAAAAAGUUCAAAGUCUUCUGGAUCAAAUUAGAGCAGUACGCCAAAACAACACAGAUCUAGGAUUAAAUAUUUUAAGAGAAUUAAAUCUCCAAACGUCAGCAGGCUUCACAAUUCAAACAAAUAGCGAAGUGACUCUACAGGAUCGAGAUAUCCUGAUGUUUCCAUCCAUUCUUCACAGGAGUGAAAAAGGACUCGAUGUCUCGAACUCGAUUCUAACGGCCACUUACUCCGGUGUUUACCUAUUUCACGUCACGGUCUGUUCUCAGGGCGCGGGUCUAAUAGCUAGGGCGGUGGUGUGUAAGAACUACAGUCACCGCUGGGUGGGAUUUGCUUACGCUGAGGACAGCAAUAAUUCGGAGUGUGGAAGCAACACGGUGGUGAUUGAAGUACAAAAAGGAGACAGAUUCUGGGUGCGAUCACAUAAAAAGUCUUAUUUCUCCUCUGGAAGUAGCUUUAGUGCUACAUUAAUUCAGAGAACUGAGUGAAAUAUUCCAAUGUUCCAGAAACUGAACAAUAUCUCUCUGAUUGCUGUGUAAUUGCCGAAAAGAAAGCAUCAGCAUUAACUCUAAAUAAAUACUAUUCUUGUUUCAGUUUAGAAAAAUCAAUGAUUUUGUGAUAAGAAGAAGAAUAGUGACUUUUUUUAGGGUGAAGAAUCGAGGUCGACAUUAGCUGUGACGAAAAGGAUUGGGAAAUGACAAAAACGGUUAUACAGUCAGUGUUGUCUUUGGGUCUCAUUGAUCACAUUGUGUACGGCGUCCGUCUGUCUGUAAACUUUUCACAUUUUCGACUUCUUCUCCAGAACCAUUGGGCCAAUUUCAACCAAACUUGCUACAAAGUGUCUUUGAAAGAAGAGGAUUCAAGUUUUUUAAAAUGAAAGGCCACACCCUAUUCCAAGGGGAGAUAAUUAAAUAUCUGCGAAAAAUUAAUGGCAUCUUUUAAAAAUCUUCUUCGCAAGAACCACUGGGCCAGGAAAGAUGAAAUCCUAAGGUAGUGUAGAUUAAAAUAUGUAGGUAGUGUAGAUUCAAGCUUGUUCAAAUCAUGCCCCCGGGGGUACGGCGGGGUCACAAUUGACGAUCAAAGUUUUACA